AUGGUCAAGUUAACCCAAGUCGACGACGAGACCGCCGCUGCCACCCAGGAGCCAAAGGAUGUCUUUGACCACCACGAGAGUGACUCUGACUCUGAGUCUGACUUCGAAGAUGACGACAUUGAGAACGAGACCUUGUAUGAUAGAAUCGUUGCCCUUAAGGAUAUUGUUCCUCCAGAACAGAGAGUGCAAUUGUCCCAGAUUGCGGACAAGGUGAAGAGCUACACUGCCUCUGGUAUUUCCACAUCUGGAUCGUUGUUAUGGGCUCUCACUUCCACCGGUUUGUUAUUGGGAUUCCCAUUUUUCAUUGCCCUCUUCUCUGAGAUGCAACUCCAGGAAAUGGAGAAGGGUGUUGCCAUGCAGCAGUCCUCCCAAGACUUGAUCGCUUCUGGCGCUGACCCUCUUGCCGCUGAGGGUUCUAAGGAACAGAAGUAA